ACCUAAAAAACAGACCCAGAGCGAACCUGAACCAAACUCUCUUGCUCAUCACAACACGGAGCUUCGAAAACAAUAAGAAGAAAAAGCAGAGUCGACGCGACCUUUCCCUUCUAAAAAGCGUUAUAUACAUUAACGCUCUCUGUAUUUCUCUUCGCUUUUACUUCAUUUUGAAUUUAAAAUCAGAACCAUCAGAAAAUUUGAUAUUCAUUUCUUUCUAUCUGUCUAUGCGUGGUUAGAGAGGGAGUGAUUGUUUGAAUUGAAUUAAUUAUGGCUACCGGAGUGGAAUUGUCGUCGCCGGAGACGAGAAGGGUUCCGGUAGCGCUUGAUUUUCCGGUUUCGUUUACUUCUCAGCCAAGAAUUCCUAGAAGGCUUCGAAAACGACUGUUUGAGGCUAAGACUCCAAGUACUGUGGAAGAAAUCGAAGCUAAACUUAGACAUGCCGAUCUUCGUAGACAGCAAUUCUAUGAGAAGUUGUCAAGUAAGGCAAGAGCAAAGCCGAGAAGCCCCUCCCGGUCUUCAUCUCAUGAAGAAGACCCCGGACAACGUCUGGAAGCUAAGCUUCAAGCAGCAGAGCAGAAAAGGUUGAGCAUUCUGGCGAAGGCUCAAAUGCGCCUAGCUAGACUGGAUGAGUUGCGUCAGGCAGCAAAAAGUGGGGUAGAAAUGCGAUUUGCAAAAGAAAGAGAGAUGCUUGUUUCAAAAGUAGAAUUGCGGGUUCAGCAAGCAGAGGCAAAUAGGAUGCUUAUGCUGAAGGCUUAUAGGCAAAGAAGGGCCACCCUAAGGGAGAGAACUUCACAAUCAUUAAUGCGGCGGAUGGCUCGGGAGAGCAAAUACAAGGAGCGUGUAUGUGCUGCAAUUCACCAAAAGCGUGCAGCUGCUGAGAGGAAGCGACUGGGAUUGCUGGAAGCAGAAAAGGAGAGGGCCUGUGCUAGGGUGUCACAAGUGAGGCGGGUGUCGAAGUCUGUCUCUCACCAACGCGAGAUUGAGAGACGAAGGUUGCGGGACCAGUUGGAAAGUCGACUGCAAAGGGCUAAGAGGCAAAGAGCAGAAUUUUUGAGGCAGAGAGGAAGGAAUCAUAAUUCUGUUAGUGUGAAUUGGAGUCGAAUGCACAAGCAGGCUGAUCUUCUUUCCAGAAAAUUAGCAAGGUGCUGGAGGCAGUUCCUUAGGUCAAGGAAAACUACCUUAGAGUUGGCGAAAAACUAUGAUGCCUUGAAAAUCCGAGAAAGUUCUAUCAAGUCAAUGCCAUUUGAACAGCUUGCUCACUUGAUAGAAUCUGCUGCUACUCUACAGACUGUGAAGGUUCUGCUUGAUCGGCUUGAGAGCCGCUUCAUGGUUUCUAGGGCUGUUGCUGGCAAUCAAUCUACCAGCUUGGAUAACAUUGAUCACCUACUGAAGAGAGUAGCCACCCCAAGGAAAAAGACUACUCCUAGGGCUUCUAUGAGGAGCAGGGAGGCAAAGAAAGUAGGUGUCAGAAGUCCAGCUAAGUCAUCAAGGUAUCCUGUGAGAGUGGUUCUUUGUGCCUACAUGAUUUUGGGUCAUCCAGAUGCUGUUUUAAGUGGUCAAGGGGAGCGUGAGAUGGCCCUUGCCAAGUCUGCUGUAGAAUUUGUUCGACAGUUUGAGUUGUUGAUGCGGAUUAUACUAGAUGGCCCUGUACAGAGUUCUGAUGAGGAAUCAGAUUCUGUGUCGCCAAAGCGCUGUACCUUCAGGUCUCAGCUUGCUACUUUUGAUAAAGCAUGGUGCUCCUACUUAAAUUGCUUUGUGGUGUGGAAGGUCAAGGAUGCACGGUUAUUGGAAGAGGACUUGGUAAGAGCUGCUUGCCAACUUGAGCUCUCUAUGAUUCAAAAAUGCAAGCUGACACCAGGAGGAGAUAAUGCUACUCUUAGUCAUGAUAUGAAAGCUAUUCAGAAACAGGUUACAGAAGAUCAAAAGCUUUUGAGGGAAAAAAUACAGCACCUGAGUGGAGAUGCUGGAAUUGAGCGCAUGGAACAUGCUUUGUCAGAAACACGAUUUAAGUACUUCCAUGCAAAGGAACAUGGAAGUCCAGUAGGAAUGACACACUUCCUCUUUCCUAGUACAUCUAGCUCCCCAGAUGCUCCUGCUGAUAGAUUAGGUCACAGAAACAAUAUUGAUGAGAGUGUUGGCAAGCCAAGCCAUGUAGUUCGCUCCUUAUUCAGAGAAGAAGUUGCUUCCUCAAAGAAAGGAUUUAGUUUCCCUUUGACUAUGAACAGCCAUUCUGAUGACUGGUUGGGUUCUUCUAUUAAGCUGAUACCAGAGAAUGAAUUGGUUGUAAAUGAAUUUCUGCAUGAGCGGCACCAUAGCUUUGUUGAUCGAUUCAAUUCGGAGGAAGAAAGCAGUAUCAAGGCAAAGAUAAGAGAGACAAUGGAGGCAGCCUUUUGGGAUGAUGUCAUGGAAUCCAUUAAACAGGAUGAAUGCAGUUAUGAUCGGGUUGUUGAACUUGUGAGGGAGGUGAGGGAUGGAAUUAUUGAGAUGGCUCCAGAAAGCUGGAAAGAAGAGAUUGCUGAAGCUGUUGAUCUAGACGUUCUCACACAGGUGUUGAAGUCGGGUACACUGGACAUUAAUUAUCUUGGAAAGGUCCUAGAGUUUGCAUUGGGCACUCUGCAAAAGCUCUCUGCUCCAGCCCAUGAGGAUGAAAUGAAAGUCACACAUCAGAAAUUAUUGAAAGAGUUGGCAGAGACAUGUGAAACCCAAGACGAGUCAAAGUGUUCCCAUGGUGUUGCAAUGAUCAAGGGUCUACGCUUUGUACUAGAGCAGAUCCAGGCUCUUAAGCAAGAGAUAAGUAAAGCACGUGUAAGAAUAAUGGAGGCUUUGUUGAAGGGACCUGCUGGUCUGGAUUACCUUAGAAAAGCUUUUGCCAACCGUUACAGAUCUCAGUCUGAUGCCCAUACAUCACUGCCUUUGACCAUGCGGUGGCUUUCAUCUGUGAGGAAUUGCAAAGAUCAGGAGUGGAGAGAGCAUACCAAUUGUCUUUCAGCUUUGAUAAGCAAUGAAAGCUCAUCUGAGGAGUUUCUUCCUUCAACAGCUCUUAGAUCUGGUGGAAGCUUUCUGCUCAAAACAAACACCGGUGGAACUGAUUCUACUUCAUCAUCAGUUCCAAAUACUACAGAUGGUCCGCAACCAGAAUGCAAUGGUGAAAGAAUUGAUUUGCUGGUGAGGGUUGUAUUACUAAAGUUAGUAAGUGGGGUUUCUGGUCUGACACAAGAAACUUUGCCUGAAACCUUCAUGCUUAACCUGCCUCGUUUGAGAGCUGCCCAAGCUCAAAUGCAGAAGAUCAUAGUAAUAUGUACCAGCCUUCUUGUUUGCCGGCAAACACUCCUGAUGGAGCGAAUUGUAGCCAGUGGUGCAGACUUGGAAACCAUAGUGUCAAAGUGCACCAAGCAACUGCUGGACCUCCUAGACAGUGUAGAUGAUGUGGGCAUUGAAGAGAUUGUCGAAAUAAUAAGUGGAUUCUCACAAGAAGGUGACAAAGCUUUAGACCUUGAGAAACUUCAAUCAAGGAAGUUAGUGAUGGCUCGGAUGUUAGCAAGGAGCCUGCAGGCUGGGGACCCUGUUUUUGAAAAGGUCUCUCAUGCUGUUUAUUUGGCUGCAAGGGGAAUUGUACUAGGCGGCAGUGGGCCUCGAGGAAGAAAAUUAGCAGAAAUGGCCCUCCGACAGGUAGGGGCUGCAAUGCUGACUGAUAGGGUGGUGGAAACUGCUGAAGUAUUGGUGGUAGCAGCCAAUGUGUCGGUUGCUGUACAUAGGUCAUGGUAUGUAAAUUUGAUUGAUAACAUGUGAUGGAAUCGUGUGCAUGAGGCUGAGGGGAAAGGAAAGGAUAAGAAGACAUAUCUGUACAUAGUAGUGAUGUGUUUCUGUAAAUGAAAUAAUUGAUCAGAUUGCACAUUCUCCGGUGAUUUAAAGUAGAAUUUGUUGAUUAAGUGGAAUAAAAAGUGUAAAUAGGUAACAAAAAGAUGUUUUCUGUGUUUGUAAAUUUGUAGUUUCAUUGAAUUGCAUAUCAAGUGGUAGCAGCCAAUUUGUCGGUGGCUGUACAUAGGUCAUGGUAUGUGAAUUUGAUUGAUAAAAGAAUUUGUUGAUUAAGUGGAAUAAAACUGUAAAUAGGGAACAAAAAGAUGUUUCUGUGCCUGUAAA